GUGUCAUUGAGAGGGGCAAGCAUUUGAUAUUGAGAAUGCCGCGUGGGCUAUACUUUCCACGUGGACUUCUUUAUCUUAGUCCUGUUUCCCUCCAGCCUCCUUUCAAGCCUUUGAAGUCAAAUCCUAUCAUCCUUGUUCACUUUACUUCUUCGAUACCUUCAUUCACGGCACCGGCAUGGAAAAGAGUGAUGCCGAUCUUGAGUCUGGGCAAGAGCCACAAGGAAUACCCCACUGGAAAUUGAUCUUAGAGCAAGGCGUUGUAACUCAGGAGAUUUCAAAAUGGGACUACGAAGGCUCAGGGACCGAAGAUGAUCCAUAUGUUGUCGAAUGGAUUGAGAAUGAUCCUCGAAAUCCGAUGCAAUGGGCGCGCACAAAUAAAUGGGUCAUGUGUAUAACUAUGGCAUUUGCGACUCUUACCGUGUCGUUCUGUUCGUCAGCGUACGCUGGAGGUAUCGGGCAAAUCCUACAGCAAUUCCGUACGAGCCAGGAAGUUGUCACUCUCGGUAUCUCCCUUUUCGUUGUCGGUUUUGCCCUCGGGCCAUUACUGUGGGCUCCCUUUUCGGAACUGUACGGCCGCCAAAUCGUGUUUUUCGGAACCUUCGUAGCUUUCGUCGCUUUCAAUGCCGGCGCUGCUGGAUCCCAAAAUAUAUGGACGCUUAUUAUUCUCCGGUUCUUCAGCGGUGCAUUCGGAUCUAGCCCUCUCACGAACGCCGGCGGUGUUGUUGCAGAUCUGUUUACCGCAAAGGAGCGUGGCCUCGCAAUGAGUGCGUUCAGUAUCGCUCCAUUCAUGGGGCCUGUAUUAGGUCCAAUCGUAGGAGGCUUCUUGGGCAUGACUGAAGGAUGGAGGUGGGUCGAAGGUUUGAUGGCCAUUUUCUCCGGAGUAGUGUUCCUCGUAGCCAUCCUUCUAGUCCCUGAGACUUACCCCCCGGUCCUCCUUCGAAAACGCGCUAAGACUUUGUCGAACAUGACAGGUAAAGUCUAUAGAUCGAGGGGGGAUAUUGAGCAAGGUACUGUGACGAUCGGGGAGGCCUUCUCGACAGGUCUGAAGAGACCUUGGAUUCUGCUUUUCCGUGAACCCAUUGUCUUUCUUCUUAGCAUUUACAUGGCUAUCAUCUAUGGAACUCUAUACAUGCUCUUCGGGGCCUUCCCAAUCGUUUACCGAGAAGGCCGUGGCUGGAACGAAGGCAUCUCUGGCCUCCCUUUUGUGGGCGUUGCUAUUGGUAUGGUUGCUGCUCUGGUCUAUACGAUCCUCUACGACAACAACCGUUAUCUGAAAUGCGUCAAGAACUCCCCGGCCGGGUUUGCGACACCCGAAGAUCGAUUACCACCUGCGAUCGUUGGAGGUAUUGUUCUCCCUAUGGGAUUGUUCUGGUUCGCCUGGACAAAUUAUCCCUCACUUCCUUGGGCGGCAAGUGUAGCGGCUGCCAUGCCGUUCGGUUUUGGUAUGGUGCUCAUCUUCCUGAGCAUCAUGAACUAUCUCAUCGACGCUUAUACGAUCUUUGCUGCAUCGGUCUUAGCUGCUAAUGGCAUCAUCCGAUCUCUCUUUGGUGCAGCGUUCCCUCUUUUCACUAUUCAGAUGUAUCAUAAUCUCGGCAUCCAUUGGGCAUCUACUAUACCAGCAUUCCUCGCUCUAGCCUGCCUCCCCUUCCCGUUCCUCUUCUACAAAUACGGCGCCAAGAUCCGCCAGAAGUGCAAGUACGCAGCCCAAGCUGACGAGUUCAUGAAGCGUCUUCAUGGACAAAUCGCCCCGAAGGAUGACGCGGUAUCCGAGGAACAUGAAGCAUCCAUCCAAUCUGAAAAGAACACAGAGCAAGAAGUGGCGGGUUCUUACGAAGAGGAGACGGAACCUCGCUUUGCGGAAAUGAAGACUGAAAAGGAGACACGCAAUGACCUAGAGAAAGUCAGAACUGCCAGGAGUGGAAGAAGCGCUAUGAGCGGCAUGACCGGGAUCAGUAGAAGAACGAGCGGAACAGGAGGAACGGGAGCGACCAUGGAAUACUACGACAACCCUUACGAGAUAGAUCGGGUACAUACAAGGGAAAGUUUCAGGGAGGGCAGAAGCCGAGCCGGAAGCAUGAAUGGGAACGAAAGAAGGAGUCGAGCAAGCAGUUUAGUUAGGGAUCCUGCUGCUGGUAGAAGUCGGGCUAAUAGUAGUGCAGCAAAGUAGUUUCACAUUUUAUGGGAGAAGCCUAAUGCUAGAGAUGUGGUUUUUUGGGAGCUUAAGCAUGGUCACAGUAGGGAUCGAAAUAGAGAGGCAUAUAUGGCAUGAGAUACCAGUAUUAGAUUCAGCGUGCUAGAAUAAUUCUCUUCAAUUGUAAUAUUUCAUUUUACCACCUGACAUGGAGCAUGGCAUGAGGGGCAAAUCAAACAGAAAUUUUAUAUGGUGUUGGCUUUCUAUGUCAU